AAAUAUUAUUUCUUGCUCUAAGGGGAAAACAUAGUAGUGACUGGAGGCUACUUCCGGGACGUGUUAUGGUAUAGUGUGGACUGGGUGAGCAUUUACGAGCAUGGCGACAAGCGAUGGGUGGACGGCCCGGCAAUGCAGAAGUCCAGGCACAGCCACUGCUCAUCAGCUCUGGAGUUCCAGCUGUUUGUGUUUGGCGGUAGCAUGGAUGAGGGACCUGUGGCUGACGUGGAGAGGCUGGUUUUGGGAGCCAAGGAAUGGGACACCGUCAGCCCCAUGGUGCGGGCUGUGGAAAGGGCGGCCACUGUCACUUUGGGGACUAGUAUUUAUGUGGCCUGUGGUCUAGAUGAGAAUGGGGAUGUUUACAGUGGGAUUCAGAGGUACAGGCCAGAGGUUGAUCAAUGGGACGUGGUAUCCUAUUCUCCGUUUCCACGUUACGACCUUCUUGCAACUGAGCUCAAUGGUGCCCUCUAUCUGCUGGGAGGACAGGCUCUACGUCUAGACAUCGACACAGACGAGUGGACCGUUCUUCAAGAGGACUGUCUGGACAACAAAUUCUUCACAGGCUGUGCCACAGUGAACGGGCAGAUUUACAUACUGAGUGUGUACUUCUUCUCCACCUUCAUCUUCUUCUUCAUCAGCUUCACUCUCUUCAUCGCUCCGUUCAUCACGUUCCACCUUAAAAACACGUUUGUUUUCAAACUUAGAAAAUAG